AUGCAACCAUUAUCGAAAACAGAAAAACCUCCAAAAGAUCCCGCUAACACCAACACCGCAAGCCCGCUUGCGGCCGCGUCUGUUUCACAAACGUCACAGACCACACAACCUUUGCAAACUUCACAAGUGUCGGCGCCUUCACAGGCUCCUCAAACAUCACAACUGACGUCACCCAAUUCUCUGACUACACAAUCAUCCCCCCAGCUGACGUCUCAGACUUCACUGUCAUUUUCUCGGGAGCCCAAAGAUGCCCCCCAGAAAGAGCUGUCUAACGAAGCCUCGAACGAGGCUUCGGAUUCAGACAAGAGUCUUUCUACAUCCAAAUCGGCUCCAGAGUCUGCCGGCCUGGCUGAGAAUCAAGCCGACCACGACGAUGCCAAGGAGAAGAAACUCGAGAAGCACUUCUUCUGUCGUAUCUGCAAACAAGGUUUCACGAGGAAACACAACAUGGUCAGCCACGAGCUCAUACACCUGAGCAAUAAACCGCAUGUAUGUUCUGUUUGUGAUGCAACUUUCAGACGCAUUCACGAUUUGCGCCGCCACGAGAAACUACAUCUGGGCGAAAAACCUUUCCACUGCCAACACUGCAAUCGUGGGUUUGCUCGUACAGACGCCUUGACUCGCCAUAUCAACUCGUCUAAUGCAUGUUUGGUAAAGCAAAGGCAGACAAGGAAGAGGACAAACCUAAUAUAG